ACCUGAAAAACAGCAAAAACGGACAUGGUUUCAUCCCGACAGCAGCGAUAUGCUCACUGUCUGGGUAUUAUUUGGUAUAUCAUUUAUCGAUUGCAGUGUGAAAUCAACCAAACCAAAUGAAAAUAUGUCACAAAAACUCAAACUCCAGCAUGGCCUUCAACUCUGCCGCACUUUAGCUUCAAAACUUAAUGUGCUGCACUAACCGGUUUUGCUGAUGUGCCAAUAGGCAGCCACUGCAGUAUUGUAGUGGCUCUUGAAGCUGUAAGGUGACCACAGACUGUGGUAACUUCCCAUACUCAUGGCCGGAGAAGCUACUGUAAAAGAUAAACAGAACUGAAAGAGGUCACAGUUGGUAUCUUUUUACCUUCACUGCCUAGUUCUGAAGUUUUACAUUGGUGGUUGAGGUGGGGUUGAUUAGGGUUGGACCCAGGAACGGGGUUGAUGACCACUGAGGUACACAGAUACUUAUGAUAAUUGGAAAAGAUUUUAAGAUGAUUUAUGUCAUCUAUAUGUAAAGGCCAACAGAAACUUUUAGUGCCGUGCCUGAGAAUAAUGAAUAGGAAAAGGCACACCCUUAUUGUUACCAGUGUAAAGUUCAAAAUCCAGUGUCUGUCAUGGUGCAGCAUAAGAAUAUCUCAGCCAGUUACUGUACUGAAGUCUCUGUAGUUACUGAAUAAUAUGUGUGUGAUAAGCCUGGGAUUUUAAGGGGUUAAUCUUGUUCUUUCAGGCAAAUGGUAAACAUGUACUAGGCAUUUCCUUUGAAUAAUGUUCCACUGACCAACAAUUGACAGAUAUAUUUCACCAUAUUUCUCUCCUCUCGAUAUAAACUGGGCGGUCCUAAUCUUGGCUAGUGCUUCCAUAAGCAUUCCCCUGACCAAUCACAAGGCUUUAUUCAUAGACAGGCAUUGUUCCUUCGUCUAUUCAUUCAUUCUUGUAUUGCUUCUUCCGUAUGUUCAUCUGUUCCAUCGAGUGUUACUUCAUCUGUCCAUUUGCACGUCUGUUUGUCCUUGGCUUUGUUGUCCAGUGACUGUCUUAUAAACGCUGGAUAAUGAUGUUAGUUCUGUAUGAGAGGAGGGGCAAGCUGGGGGUGUGGAGAGCUGUCAAUCAAGUGGCUUAUUCGCCAGGCCCACACAGUUCUCACAGUUCUGAGCAGCAAUUUAAGCUGUGUUUUUUCAAUUUUAUAUCUUAUAUUUUACAUUCAAGCUUUGCUGGAUGUAUAACACUCAAGUUUAAUAUACAAACAUUUUCAAUAUUUCCCUGUGCUCCCUGUUACUUUAAUGCUGAAGGAUAUAUAAGUGUUUUGAAGCAGUACAUGCUGCCUUCUAGAUGACGUCUUUUUCAGGGACGUCCCUGCUCGUUUCAGACAAUGUCAAGCCACAUUCUGCAUAUGUUUAAACAGUGUGGCUUCUUAGUGAGAGACUGCAGGUACUAGAUUGUCGCUAUACACAACAACAAAGCCUACUUUAUCUCAGCUCCACUUCAAUCAUUCACAUUUACCUCCUGUUUUGGUGUUUUAAUUCAUUCAGUUCUGUUGGUUCAACUUUAUUUUUGCUCAGCACUUUGUUUUAGGACUGGUGAGCUGCUGUAUGUUAAAAAAAAUCAAUUUUCACAACUACAGAAAUGUGUGUCCUCAGUUCCCAAAUGAUUAUUGAACACUUUUACAAAGAAAUGUGAUGUAACACAGUGGUAAACAUACACCUUCUUUGUCUCAAGUUUUUGUAACAUGUUGCAGGCGUCAAAUUUCACAUAAGCAUAUAAAUACAAACAUGUAACUUGUAAUUCACCAAAUGUUGUACCUUUUCAGUUUUUGACGUAAUUUGAAAAUGCAUUUUGUCCUUUAUAUUCUAGAUAAAUGUCAUUUACUUGGAAAAACGUCUGGUUCCAUUGACUUACAUGAGAAGUCCAGCGUGUUUUUUCACUCUCCUGUAAAUUUUUGUUGUUUUUAACCGAAUACAGGUCAAAAAGGAUUUACAGAUCAUUGCUGUCUGUUUUUAUUUACACUUUUCUGUCAAAACUUCAUAAAAUUGGAUUCGUAGUGAUUGAUUAAUGGAUUCUACUGAAUAAGUCUUCAGAUCAGUAGCUGAAUAAUAAUAAUAAGCUUGUAAAUCUUUAAACAAAGACAAAUAAAACAAAGUUGUUUCCUGCUCUACGUGCUUGGAACCUGAAAAACAACAACAAACAACAAUAGAAGCUGCCAGGCAAGCCUUUGUCUGCUAUUGUGGCGAAGGCGGGUGGUUGUUUUUCUUUGGACUCCUACAGUCGUGUGUAUAUCAGUAUGAGGUCAGAUGAGUCUUGGCUCGUGUUUAUGAGUUUAUGAGUUUACCGUGCUGCGCGAUGAUGUGUGCUGAGGGUGUGUGGGUGUAUCUCGUGGUUUUAUCAUACAUGAUCAGCUGCUUGGCCUCAAAGAGCGGAAACUAUCUUCAUACUUGUUGCCUCAAUGUGUGAAAACCAGCCAUGUGACUUUUACUGUUUAAAUACUCUCUCGAUCGUCUCUGUCAACUCUUGUAACAUACAGCUCAACACGACCAGAGGCCUGUAUGAAAUAUGGAGCUGGACCUGGGGGGCAUGUUUGAGCAGAACUUCACGUAUGACUACAAAGAUUAUGAGUAUAAAGAAGACUGCACCCCGCCCAGUGGUGGCUUCAUGGCUGCCUUCAUCCCCGUCCUGUACUCCUUGGUGGUGGUCCUGGGGCUGCUGGGUCAUGUGCUGGUCCUGCUGGUCCUGUUUCAUAAGAACCGGACUGUGAUGGAUAUCUUCAUCCUUCACUUGAGCAUGGCUGAUGUCCUGUUGCUGUUGACCAUGCCCCUGUGGGCGGUAGAGGCUGCAAAUGAGUGGAUCUUCAGCACGGGGGCUUGCAAGCUGAGUGGAGCGCUGUUUAAGAUCAACUUUUACUAUGGGAUCUUCUUGCUUGCCUGCAUUAGCCUGGACCGCUAUCUGUCCAUCGUCCAUGGCGUAAUGAUGUUAUCUUCCAGGAGGCCCUUGGUGAUCUGGCUCAUCUGCAUCGCUGUCUUUUUCUUCUCCGUGCUCCUCUCCAUCCCUGACUGGAUCUACCUGAUUGCCAAUAGCAAUGCCAGUUUAGGGGGCAAAACUGCGUGCAUCCACUCGUACCGUGAUAGGUGGCGUUUAGCCUUGAGACUGCUCUAUCACGUGGUGGGCUUCUUAAUUCCAUCCAUGGUGCUGUUCUAUUGCUAUUCCUGCAUCCUACUGCGGCGGCAGAAAGGCUGUCAGGGCCUGCAGAAACUGCAGGCUAUGCGGAUCAUCCUGGCCUUGGUGGUGGUGUUCUUCAUCUGUUGGAUGCCGUACAAUAUCACCCUCUUGGUGGACACCAUUCAGUCUGCACCCACUGACUCUACAGGGCAGUUUGAAGGGUGUAGGCACAGCAAGUGGACAGCAGUGAACAUCACAGAAAUUCUAGGCUUCCUCCACUGCUGCCUCAACCCUUUCAUCUACUUUGGCCUUUCCAGGAAAUUCAGGCUCAGGGUUUUAUCCAUCCUGAGGUGUGAUGGUUGGUCACUGCAUAGCAGGGACGUUUCCUUGUGGGAGUUGGAGCAAGUGGAUGAAAGAGCCUCUGCAUCACCCGAGGAGAAAGGUUCACUGAACCAAAUGAAUGUCUUAGGACAAACGACAGAAAGCCAGAAAACAGAACAAAUACUCAGAAACGACCAGAGUACAGUCUGAAGGUGUUCAGGGAUUUGAACCUUCAACUGAACCUUGACCAAAGGUCUAACCGUUAUAUCGUUUGGCCGAUAAAAUCAGUUAAAUCAGGAUGUUAAAUCAAUGUAUCUGUAUUGUUGCCUUAAAUGUUAUAGAAGACAAGACACAUUCAAAAUGUAAUGCCACUUUUAUCAAGCAUACUGUUGGGCUUUAAAGGGAGCAAAUUUUUCCUUAUGCAAAAAGGGGAAUUUAGGUAAGGCUGUAUGGUCCUUGUUACUUAAAGUAACUUAGUGUAAUGUUGCCAAUAACAACAUUGCUGGAGAAUGGCCUUUACUCAGCAAUUGAGAAAACAACGACUGUAUCAGUGGGCAGAUCAAUUUCUACAAUUAUUUAUUUUUCAGCGCAGAAAGUCUCCACUCUUUACCACACCGUCCAUUUUUUUCAGGAGACUCAGAAAUCUGCAGGGAUAUUUUACCACACUUUUAAAGUUCAGUCCUACGAGCUGGUCGCACUUUCCCAUUUACGGCAAUGGCAGACACUCUUAUCCACAGCAACUUACAAAUUGAUCAUUUUUUACAUAGGUAGGCAAAAGUGUUAGGAGUCUUGCCCAAGGACUCUUAUUGGUAUAGUCUCCAGCAUAGAAGCAAAGGUCUUACCCACAACACUACACCACCCACUUCUUAUAAUCCAUAUAUACCAUCCCAAAUAUAUUCAGUGAUGUUAAGGUCUGGACUUGGGGAUGGUCAGUCAAUUUUUCUGAGAUCGCCAGCAGCUUCUUUAGCAAAUGCUUGAUUGUCUCCUCUCUCCGAAAGAUUUCUACAAUUAGUGCUGUUUAUCUGAUGGGGACGGUUUUGGUGUCAACAGGUCUUCCAGGUGGUUGUUAGGAGGCUCUCUGUAGCUUUUGAUCAUUUUUUGGACUCCAGUUUGGGAAUCUCCUUUUUUUCACAUAUUUUCCCUUGACUUCCUUGUUCCUUAUGCAAGUGGAUUAUCUUGUAUCUAAUCUCAUCAGAAAUAGUUGUUGAAAAAUGAGUAACGUAAUGAGCCACUUGACUGGAAAUGAAUGUAAUUACAGCCCAGAUUCAGUUGUGUUUCUAGGUUUUCGGCAGUAGCAUAGUCUGUUUUAGUACCAACAUAUUAUCCCAGCAGGUAGAUACCUGCUUCCCGCUUACAGUGAAUUUUAGUGAGAGUAUGUUUGUACUAACUACAUACUUACUCCAAAUUACGUCCAAUUAAGAGUUAUUUUACUGUCCUUUAGUAGAUUAAUGGAUAGGCCAGGGGUCGGCAACCCAAAUGUUAAGAAGAGCUGUUUUGUCCUUUCAACAAAAAUGGAACUGUCUUGGGAGCCACAACAGUUUAUGUCCAUUUUACCAUCUUGGCUGUAAAUAUGUCUCAAUGUGUGCUGAUAUCCUAGUGUAGGCUAAAAAAUAUAAACAAAAGCACAGACUUACUUGGCUCUGCUUUAAUCUUUAGCCCAGCUGUAGCCACUUUUCUUAGAUCUCUAGCAGGAAACUUUUCCAGAAGUCCAUUCAUCUCAAACAAUUUUCAAUGUUUGUCUUAAAUCUUUCUCUUUGUUGUUUCGUUAGCUACUAAUUAGGCAAGGCUGCUGUGUUGCUACGGUGACCAGCAGUCUGAGUACUGAUCUUGAGGGUUAAAGGGUGAAUAAGCGGUUCUACAUUAAACCAGAGUUUAAGACAAUUUACUGUUAAACUGUGCUGAACGAUCAGCAGAGCUUUAUUUUACUGUAAAGGAGAAUUAUUUUAUUUUUACCUAUGAAUCUAAUUCAGCUGUGAAGCCACAACAGGACAGUAAAAUAAACUUAAAAAAACAAUAAAAAAAACUUCUCGUGACUUUUUAGUGUUUGACAGUUUUGGACAGAUUUAACGUACAAGGAGUGCUUCUAAAAGUCCAUUCGCCAUUUGUUUCUUUAGCUACUAACUAGGCGAGAUUGUUGUCUGUGUUGCUAUGGUGACCAGCAGUCUGCGCUGAUCUUCAUGGUUAAAGGGUGAAUCAGCAGUUCUACAUUAACUCCAGCGUUUAAGACCAUUUACUGUUAAAUGGUGUUGAAGGAUCAGCAGAGCUUUAUUUUACUGUAAAGGAGGAUUAUUUUAUUAUUAUCUACUAAUCUGAUUCUGCUGUGGAGCCACAUGUUGCCGACCCCUUGGCUAGGCCCUGUGUGGUACUCUUGGAACUCAGCAUAGUAGUGGGCAGUAGACCAGUUUAUCCAGUUUACUGGUUAAAUUCUUCAUUGUUUCUUAACCAUUAUGCUGGUUGGCCUCAAAUAAGGGUAGAUAAUGCCACGUAGAAAUAGUGCAAACCAUGUCACUGAUAACCCAUUUAGCUGAGUGGCUGAUUCAGGGAGUCACGUUUUUAAAGUCUUGUACUUUUUGCUUUCUAUUUGCUGGUCUGUUGUGGUUAGCCUUAGCCUAACAUGGACACCAGACCGAUUUCCGGUUCCUCUUAUACCUCAGAAGCUGCUUCAGAGUACUGAAGUGUGAACUGUAAUAUUUUCCAAAUCCUAUCAGUGUCUGACAGUCAGAGGGGGAAGGUUAUGGCGUGCAGGAAUGAGACAAAUGACUUGAGAUAAGUCAUUUGUUGAAAUGUGGUGAUGCCCCUUAUCUGGAUUUCCCAUUCCACCUUAAGUGGUGCAGCAGUUACAUUCAUUCACAUGUACAAGUGCCAGUAUGUAACAGCUGCAUUUAAGGUGGAACAGAAAAUUGUAGCAAAAAGCCUUGUAGAAAUGAAGACAUUAAGUUUUUAGUGCAUCUGUGAAUUAUUCGUUUGUUUUUUUUAGUGUUCUGAAUGAUAGAAAUAUAUCAGGUAUACUUUGGCUGUUAAAAAUGUUUUUUGUUAAAAAGUGAAGGGACAUCCUAGAAUAAUAAGCUACUGUUAACCUAAAAAAUAGCUUUGCUUCCACAUCUAAAAUUGUUUUUUUCUUUUAAAGAAUGUGUACAUUAUAUAUAUACAUACAUACAUAUACAUAUACACACACACACACACACACACACAUAUAUAUAUAUAUAUAUCCAACAGCAUGGCCAUACAGCCCACUGUACUACUAACUCAAUGUUACUUUUAGCUCAAAAUUGACAUUGUGAACAGUUAACCAAGUAAUAAGUCCAUGUAGGGGUUACUGCUGUAUUACUGGGCUCAUGUCUGUAGGAAGGACACUGGCUCUGCUAAUACAGGAGCUUUAUUUUAUUUGUUGCACUUUAAAAGUGAAUGCUGGGAUCAGUUAUGCCAUGUUGACGUAAUCAUUUAUAGCCAAGCGUUCUAUUUAUUUGUUAUCUGUAUUGUCAACUAUGUAGCACUUAAAUUCAUGUGAUUGUUCCGUUCAUGUGAUUGUUUCAUCCAUCCGAGGACAAAUGUGUGUCAUGCAUUAGUGAUUUUCAUAAACUGUUGGAGGGAAUUUGCCUUUUACAAGUGCCCCUUCAUCAUGACUGCAAAUGUUGUAAGUCAGGGUCAUGUGGUUGUUCCCUUUACAGUAAGUGUUGCUUUCCAGCAUUGCGUAAGCAUCGCUUUCUGUUCUGAGUGGGGCCUUUUUGUCAGCCUUGGGGGAUCUGCAGUGGGAUUUUCCCAUGGACGUUUAUAAAAAGGGACUGAAAGGCAGAUGUUUGCUGAGGAAAACCUUCAUUCCACCUCCUUUUGUGCUCACAAGUGGAAUUUCCAUUUUGAGCCAGAGUGCAUGCAGGCAGGCCAACACCCGAACUGGCCCUCAAAACAGAGGCACUUUAGCAGCCUCAUAGAUUAAGGCUGAUAAUGUGGGAAUCAUAUUCAAUAUAUGUGUUAUUUCAGCAUUGAAAGCUUCAACAUGUGAUUAAAAGUUUUUUUAAUGAUC